AUGGCAAAACGAAAACGCGGAGAUCGCUCGAUUGAGGUGGAUCAUCAGGAGCAUAAGAAAUCGAAGCUCACAUCUCCGGUCAAAGACCAUGAUGGUAAACUUGGCGAUGAAGAUGCCGAAGCAAAUCAGAGUAGGCGUGCGGAACGCAAGGCUCAGAAAGCUUUGAAGAAACAGCAAGAGCAGCGUUCUAAAGGCAAUGUAGAAGCAUUGAAAGGAAUUGAAUCCAAAACGCAACGUCAAGAACCUCAAGCCAUUCAGCGUUCAAUCGAAGAUGAUAAACAACCUUCAUCGGAGAGGAAGAGGAAAAACAAGAAGCAGAAGAAGGAGGAGCAGAAGGCGCUGGACUCUGUACCGCAUGAUAGGAGCGCGCAAUUAGAGACAUCUCACCAGGACGGCUGGGUCUCGAGUGUUGCAGGGCACCAAACAGAGACUAGGGAUGACAAGAUGGCGACAGAACAGCUCCAGAAGGAGAAAAGGCAAAUCAGGAAGGAGCAAAUGCAAGCCUCGACAGCCUCAGAUGAUGUUCUUGUGGACGAUACUCAAGCCAAAGCAAAAGCACGAAUGAAAAAUGGGAGUCAAAUCCACGACGAAUCAGAUCUACGCAGACGCAAGGAGAAGAAGCUACACAACGCUGUUCAGGAAAAGAAUCCAGCGAAUGUCCAAGCGACUCCACUUCCGCAAGGCCUACAGACAUCCUCUUCUCUAAUAAGACUGAAUGAGGAGGAGAGGCGGAAACUGUCAGAUGACGAACAGAAGAGAAGUUUACAGACUGUGGCUGCAAACAAAGAAGCCCCAAGUUGGAAGCUGUCUCCACCCACUGGAGGUCAAAUGCUUGACUUGGAUCCGACAUUCUCUCUGGACCAAGAGUACCUUUUCAUACCCUUUCAAGCCUACGUUGCCGUCUACGCUACCUCAACAUCACUGCUGCUGCGAAAGCUCCAUAUAGAUCAAGGGCAACGAAUCGCAUCUGUCGCGUUGUGUGAUUCCACCCCUGACAGGCUAUACAUUGCCUUAAGUUCAGGUUCUAUUGAGGCUUGGGAUUGGUCAGAGGGCAGACGUAUCUCUUCCAAGCAGACACAGCACGAAACUACCCACAUCUCACUGGUCACGCAGGAUGACGUGGACAUAGAUGCGGUCGUCUUUGCUGUUCAGAAGUUGGAAUCAAACCAAAAAUGGCAGCUGUCGUCAUACGUCUGGAAUUGCUCCGAAGGGGAGAGCAAUAUCGAAGAGAUGCAAACACUCUACACUUCAGAGACUCCCUUGACCUCACUUCAGCCUUUGCAUAAGGGUAGACACAUCAUUCUCACCUCGGGACAUGAUUUGAUUAUCGGUGCUCCCUCCAAGGAUUCUGAUUCGCAACGUAUGCACCACAAAUGGCGUAUCAUGGCAUGUCCUGAAUGGAUUGUCAGCAUCGAUACAAGAGCCUCUCCUCUUAAUUCUGAUCAACAGGCUAGAUCUCAUCAAUCACGGAACUACCCACCGAUUGACGUGGCUAUCGGGGGUCUGAAAGGAAGCAUUCACCUCUACAGCAAUAUAUUGCAAAACCUGUUCCAAACGCAGAAGAGCGGCCAGCAGACCAAAAAGACAGGUGAUAUCAUGUCACGCCACCUGCAUUGGCACAGGAGUGCUGUACAUACCGUGAAAUGGUCUCCAGACGGUAAUUACCUCAUCUCUGGCGGUCUGGAAACGGUGCUUGUUAUGUGGCAAUUAGACACGGGUAGCAAGGAUCAGCUCCCGCAUCUUGGUGCUCCGAUAGAGAGUAUUGUUGUGUCGCCAGAUGGAGCUUCUUAUGGGAUUCGUCUGGCCGACAACUCUGCAAUGAUUCUCACGACUAUGGAAAUGAAACCCUCCUUUAGCAUUUCUGGUGUUCAAAUCCAUGGGCACACAAGCCUAAGGCAGAUGAUACCAUCAAUUCAAACCGUCGACAACAGCAAUCAGAUCGAACACCGACGAAGCGAUCUACGUCAUGCUGCAUGCAUCCGUACAACAAAGAUGCAUCAAAUCCUAUUUGCUGUUCCUAGCCACCAAUCUUCUCGGACUUCGCGUUCUCCCCAGAGCUCGUCCUACUUGCAGACUUUUGACAUGACUUCUGGCCACCAGCUGGCCAGGCAAGCACUUACUCGAACGAAUACCACCAAUCUAAACAUGGGGCCCGAGUCAAAUACGAUCGAGGACCCCAAUGUUACACACAUGGCUACUAGUCAGGAUGGAAAAUGGCUUGCGACGGUAGAUGAGUGGAUGCCACCAGCAAGCGAUCUGGAACCUCUGGCUUUCGACAAGGCAAAGUUGCAAGAGGAUACUCUGAUACGCCGGGAGAUUCGUCUCAAGUUCUGGAUUUGGAGCGACAAAGGCAACGUCUGGGAACUUGUCACUAGGGUUGACCAGCCACAUGCGUCGGAGACAGGUAAAGUUCACGAGAGUGGAAGUAUUGUGGCAAUUGCUUCUGAUCCCAGCUCUGCCGCUUUCGCUACCCUCGGCGAGGAUGGUUACUUGAAAGCUUGGAAACCUGUGACCCGCCGUCGCGGUGGUAUCGUUGUAAGAGGCAAAGAUGGGUUGCCGCUUAAAAAUUGGCAUUGUCGGUUUUCCACCGCCAUUGGAUCGACUGGGCAAUCUAAAGAACACAAAAUGGCGGCAAGCUUAACAUAUUCGCCCGAUGGCUCAUUGAUUGCAUUGGGAGUGAAGCAACAGAACGUUUCGCCGAUAUACCUGAUUGACUCAUUGACGGGUAUAAUAGAGAAGGUCCAGACUGGCCUGGCUGCUUCUUCGUUGCAUGGCCUCGGCAUCAUCGAUAGAUACCUCAUCGUCCUCUCAAAACAACUUAUCGUUUGGGAUCUUGUCAACGACAAGCAAGAAUAUGCCACCUCGUUGAAAUUUCAUCAGUCUUCCCCAGCUGAUCAAGCAAUUCACACCCAUCUAGCCAUCAACCUCAAGCAUAACACUUUCUCCAUCGCAAUUCCACAAUCAGCUUCCAGUGGCCAGAAGAAAAGUCUGAAAGCGCAAGUCGCCAUCUUCGACGUCAGUAGCCCAAAUCCCCUCUUCAUCAGCUCUCUACAGAAUCCAGUAACCGCACUCCUGCCCGCUGUAGGUCAAAAAGGCUACUACAUCGUCGACACCGCCGCAGAGAUCACCACCUUGAGCCCGAUCCAGGCUCCAAUAAUGCAGAUUGAGCCACCAAAAGCCGAGCUCAAACCUCGGAAGGGCCUGAGUGAUAUACUCGGUAAAGGAAACGCGAAGAGACCGUUGAUAUCAAUGGAUGAGAACUCAGAAACUGAUGGGAAGAAUGCCGUCAAUGUCACGCCCCAACAGCUGGCAGCAAUCUUUGAUCAAGGGCCUGCGUAUGCAUUACCGCCUGUACAGCAGCUGUUUGAGCAGGUAGCGGAUCUGAUAAUUGGGCGGAAGCCGAUAGCAACGGCUUCAAUUGAACCACAGUAG